GGCUGUGCUCCGAGCGCUGAAGGAUUUAUAGGUCACCCAAGAAGGUUAGCGGAGUCCUCGCCGCGCGGAACGAGAGGGACCUCUCUGGGACCUCUCUGGCACCUCAGCCUGCCGGAACCCUCCUCGAAGCCCAAGGGCGUCAGGCGCCAGCGCUGGUGUCCGCCGGCACUCAGGGAGCCUCUCGCGGCCGCUGUUGUGCGGCCGGCCUGCGUCGCAUCCGGUAGUUACCAGACCGCCGGCUAUGGCCGCCGCGGGGGGCGCCGGGCUUCUGCACGCUUUCUCCGUGGCCUUCGGCGGCGCAGUCCGGCGGUGGCGGCUGCUCGCCGGAGCCCGCGCGGGAGCCGGCAGCCUCCCGGGAAGCCGGGGGCCGGGCGGGAGCGCCGAGCCAGGCCUGGUCGGCUCCGCGUUCGCGAUUCGGCCGCUGAGCGUGUCGACUCCGGCGCGUUGCAGCUCAGAAGAUAAAAUAACAGUCCACUUUUUAAACCGUGAUGGUGAAAUACUAACAACCAAAGGAAAAGUUGGUGACUCUCUGCUAGAUGUUGUGGUUGAGAAUAAUCUAGACAUUGAUGGUUUUGGUGCAUGUGAGGGAACCUUGGCUUGUUCUACCUGUCACCUUAUCUUUGAAAAACACAUAUAUGAGAAAUUAGACGCAAUCACUGAUGAGGAGAAUGACAUGCUUGAUCUGGCAUACGGGCUAACAGAUAGAUCCCGGCUGGGCUGCCAAGUCUGUUUGACAAAGUCUAUGGACAAAAUGACUGUUCAAGUACCUGAUGCCAUGGCCGACGCCCGACAGUCCAUGGAUAUGGGCAAGAACUCCUAGGAUAGAAUAAAUAGGAAUAUUCUACAAAAUUUUACCUCUUUUUAUAAUUAUUACUUCAUAAUGUAAUUAAAUGAGAGCAUGGAUGAAUGGGUUUACUAUUAUGACCAGCUUUACUACUUUAAUUCACCUUGUAUAACUAUUACAUUUUGUAGUUCAAAAGUAUGCAAUCUUUAUUUUGGUUAAAUUAUUAAAAGGAAAUCAAAUAUUAGAAAAUAGUAUAAUAAAACAUUUCCUACUUUACCGUGUUUGUUUAGCAACUUCAGCAAAAUAUUUUCACAUAAAUCCUAUGCUUACUUGCCUAUAAAGUAGGUUUGAAAAGGUAUUAUCCCUGUUAGAUGUGGAUGAAGGCAGAGGUCUAAAAUGGCUUGUCUGUGGCCUUAGAGUGAAUUGGAAAGUCUGUACUAGACCCCACAUCUUGUUACUACAAAUUAAAUGUUCAGAUUACAACUAGAGAAA